AUGGAGGUGGUUGGUAGAAGUGAUAGCAGUUAGUCAUGAUGACUGAGGGCGAAAGUGAUUGGUGACAUAGGUGGUUACUGGUGGUGGUGGAUGUUGUAGGUAGUCAGGGGCAGAGCUAUCCUUUCAACCGACUCCUCAAAAUUACAUUGUAUAGGUGUUUUGUGUGUGCAUCAUUCUGUACCAACUUAAAUUGUUGUGAUUCCAGUCCCUUUUUUGUGAAAAUGAGUAAAAACAAUUCGAUAAAUUCUCCUAUGCGCAAAAGCCCUAGAUUUUUGGGGCCCCCAACAAGCCCGAAAGUAGGGCCAAUUCCAAACUUCAAUUUACUCACUCAAACCCCGGUAAAAAAAGGAGGAAGGGAAAAGCAAGAUUCUGAUGACGAAGGAUUGUUUGUUCAAAAUGAAAUUAGGACGAAAGUUCUAAACGAUCCUUGUAAUGUUGGUCCCACUAUUGUUGAAAUCAAAUCAACCCCCCGGAAUGAUUCCAAAAGGAAGCGAAAAGAAACGUCAACUAGUAAGUCAAAAAAAGUCACUGACGACUCUAAUUUCGAAGAAGAAACUGAGCAUCCUGAAGCCAAAAAAGUAAGGUUGAGAAAGGUAGUGCAGUAAAGAAGACGAAAGUCGAGAAAGGUGAAACAGUAAAGAAAACGAAAGUCGAGAAAGGUGAAACAUCAAAGAGGAAGAAAGUCGAGAAAUGUGAAACAUCAAAGAGGAAGAAAGUCGAGAAAGGUGAAACAUCAAAGAGGAAGAAAGUCGAGAAAGGUGAAACAUCAAAGAGAAAGAAAAACAACCCGACAAAGAAGACACAGACUCAUUGGUGUUCUUACACCAACGUGGAAGCCCCACUUGAAGUUAAGGACCGCCUUAACGACGCGCAAUUGAAGCUGUUUAGGGAGUCCCCUUUUGGGUUAUUUCUGGAUUUGCCAAAGCUGAAUGUUCAGCCACAGCUAAUUCGAUGCCUGAUGUAUGCCGAGACAGAGCAUGAUAGGGAUGAUAUGUUUAUCAUCAAUUUGAAUGGGAAAGAGCUUCAUUUCGGCAUUAGAGAGUUUGCCAUCGUGACUGGUUUAAAAUGUGGCAUUGACAGCGAAUUUGUCUCGGACCCCGAUUCCCCCAACAGACUGAUGGAUAUGUACUUUAACGGACAAACCAAAGUGCCGAAAAAUGAUUUGAUUGAGCUUUUUCAUGACAAAAAAAAAAAGGAAAUUGGGGAUGCUGAUGCUUUUAAGAUAGCAAUACUUUAUUUUAUCAACACAUUCUUAUUCUCAACUGAGAGUAAUAGAGCAUUUGUUCCCAAGUUACACUUUGACUUGGUUGAAAGCGGAGAAUAUAUGAAUUAUCCAUGGGGAAAUGAUUGCUUCAAAGCGCUGUUGUCUUUAGUCAGUCACAAGUUGGCGAAUGAUCCAACCUACUAUAGGUUUGAGGGUUUUCCCCUGGCCAUUCAAGUAUGGUUUUAUGAAUGCUGCUCGAAGGUAGAUCCUACGGUUGCGACCCGUAUUGGAAACCACUUCCCUCGUAUUUUUAACUGGCGAACAACUUCGCAAAGAGUCUACUUUUCCCAUCUGAAGAAGGUGAUGUUCAAAAAGUACAGCAAUCAGCUGGUUUUUACCAACAUUCUCCCAACAGAUGAGGAGAAGGUAGCUAUCAACUUUAUGGAGUUUCCAGAAGAGACAGCGGUCAAACAUGUGUUAGAACCACAGGGUCCCACACAGUUGAGUCCCUCUGUACGUGGUUCUGAAUUUGAUGCGUUGAAGAAGGAAGUUGCAAAUGUCCGCAAAGAUCUUAAAUCAUUUGAGAAAAAGGUCGGUGAACAGUUUGUUGACAUGAAAGACUACAUGGACAAGUCAAUUAUGAAUUUACUUAAAGAUCUAAAGUCCAUGUUUGGCAGGCAAACUGAAACUCCUGAAGCUAAGAUGUCUGGCAGUGUUAAGGAUGUUACAAAAGAACCAAAGACAAGCAACAAGAAUGAUGGACUUCAGCACAACCUAUAUUUUCAUUUUGAUGAACCGAUAGGUGAUUUUGACAUUGGUGGGCAGGAUGUAAGUGAACAAAUAUCCAAUCACAUGGUAGUAGAUGCAUCUGCUUUUAAGAAUGGGAUUAAUGCUUCUAUUCCAGUUGGUGAGCAAGUUGGAGAUGGUGAAGCAUGUGAUAAAUAUAUAGUUGACCCAGACGAAUUGAAGAGUCAUCCUAUUGAUACUCUGAUUUCAGAACAUAAUCUAGAUGAUGUGGUUGCUGGCAUUGAUAAGUUGGGUGCUUUGGGAAAUUCUGCCACUAAGACCCCUACCCUUGAUGAUUUUGAAAUGCCUCCAUUUACCGAGUCUCAAAUAGUAGCGAUUGAAACCAAAGGUGGUGACAUCGUUACACCUGAACAACAAGCAAGAAAUAGAAAUCCUGGACCGUAUGGUAAAUCACCAUACACUGAUUUUAGUUCAGGCGGCAGCAGCACAAUCAAUUCUCCUACAUACUUUCACAUUAAACACCCAUUCACAAAUUGCAUUGGCUUUGAUGUUGACAAUGAUCUGAUCACCGAAUUUAAGGAUUGGGUGAAAUCGAAAAUGUCUACAAGACAUGGGAGGGAAUCAGUGUUCUCUAAAAAGGCCAAUAAGAUUGUGAAUGCUUUUAAUAUGGGAGUUGAUACAGUGGACAAAAUGGAGUGGUUCCACACUAUACUGACUACUGGAAAGUGUUGGCAAGACUCGAUACGUUGUCUUGAACCUAUAAAUUGUCUGACUAUGAUUUUUGACUUCCACAGUGUAUGAAAUAUGUAUUGAAACUAGUCUGAAUAUAUGAUUUUUUGUCUGAAUUUAAAUGUGUGGGCUGACACUGUUUGAAUAAUUUAAAUGUGAUUCGGGUCUCAUAGUUGAUUGCUCUUUGUUAAA